CGGACCAUAGUGCAUCCAAUCAGGCGAAUCCCCGAUGAGGUUCUUGGGGAAAUUUUCCAGCAGUGCGUCGAAAUUGAGUCGACGACGAACAGCAUCGAUAUUAGGGGGAUGCCGUGGACUUUAUCUCACGUCUGCGGCCGUUGGAGGGGAUUGGUGAUGAAUAUGGGAAGGCUGUGGAAAAGAGUACAGCUUGAUUUCGGUGAAGAGGCGCAUACGGGUUCAGUUGGAAGCUCUUAUCUUCUGUCCAAACAGCUUCUUCGAGCUGUUCCAUUCGAUGUCGAUGUGUCCAUUGAAGGAUCUCCGGAAGAUUUGAAUGCUAAUCAUGUACUCCACACCCUUAUCCCGUUCUCUCAUCGUUUUCGCUCUUUGACGGUCGAAGCCGGAGUAUCGUCUUACCAGUUUUUGUCGGCGUGUAAAGGAUCCUUUCAA